CCCAUCAGCUUCCUCCAUGAUCUCCAAGUUUUCCUCUCAGUACUCUGAGAAUCCUUCAAGGCAUACCGGGAAAGCAUAUAUCCUCGAGAACACUGUUUCACAUUGCAGGCUGCUGCCCGAAUCGUCAGCCCAUGCCUUUAGGUAUCCUACGCUCUCCCUGCUGCUGUCUUUGAAUGCCCUAGAAGAUCACUCUCUUGAUCUCGCCCGAGGGUGGCUCUUCGGCUAUGGAGGUAUUCAUGGGAGGCUCGUUGGCUUGCGUUCAUCUGUAUACUUGGCAAAAGAUGCUCGCAGCAUCAGAAACAAACUGCUGGGAACAUUGGCUGUGCAUGGCUUUGACUGCACUCUAUUCUCUGAUGCGUGGAUGAUGACCAUGCCAAGCUUGCUUGGAUUUGAAGGUAUCAAUCCGCUGACGGUGUACUUCUGCUACAAUAUGUCGGAGCAACUGUGGCUGGUUGUUCUUGAGGUCCACAACACGUUCGGGGAGCGCCAUGUCUAUGUGCUCGACAUUGACAAGAGAGAAGGUCAUAAUGUUUCGCCAGGCUUUCAGUAUCAAUGGACGGUACCAAGGCAAUUCCAUGUGUCUCCCUUCAAUGAUCGAUUCGGAUUCUACGUCAUCUCGGUCCGCCCACCACCAUCGUCCCCUUCCAAAUGUCUUCAUAAUCAUACUGCGUCGUCUCCUCUGCCUGUUAUUCAUGUUUCUUUCCAUCUUGCCGAUCCCCUCUCGCCGUCCACACUAGGACCUCUGAAACAGACUGCUACUCUCCAAGUAAAAUCGAGCAUUCCAUUUAACAGCAAGAAUCUAUUGUGCAGCCUGGCACGUCGCCCAUUUGUGCUCAUGCUGACAUUCGCACGAAUUCUCUAUCACGCAUGGAUCCUUCACUACGUGAAACGGCUGGACGUUUAUCCGCGGCCGGAACCCAUGCCAGCUCAGCAAGGCUGGGGUGGGUCAGGCGCUACCUGCAACGGAGGAGUAGGAUGGCAGUCCGAAACCCUGCUCGAACAGUAUGCCAGAAAGCGUGUCGAGGCGUUCCUCCGCAGACGAGUGGACGAGACGGAAAUUCAAGUCACGUUAGUAGCGGCGGACCCGACCGUCGCUUCGCGUACAUUUUCCCCGACGCCAAAGAAGCAGAGCGACAGCGGCUCGGAAGGACAUACGCUGACGAUCUGGUACUCCUCACCACAAUUCUUCACUACCCUCUUCCUAGCGCCUUCUUUACCUCUUGCAGUGCUGCUGGGAUACAGCACGGAGAGACUCUUCGUCCCUUCCUCAGGCUCUCUGCUAGCAGCGCUCUUUACCGCAGAUGCUUUACUGCCACCGCAUCGCCGAUCAUCGCUCUCACAGAUGCUACGGAUGCUGGUUGUCCCUCGUAGGCUGCUCAAGAUGCCCAGCGCUAUGGUACCCCGCGAACAUCCCUUAGAUCCUAAUGGAUUACUCCCGACAGCUACCAACACACUGUGUGUCGCUAUUCUUCUGUUGAUGACCAUCCAGGAGUACUGCCUCUACCGAUUGGCACGUGCACGGUUUGUGGUUGGACAGGAGCCAGAGUAUCGGUGGCAUCGAGCUUUGGACGUCGUCACUUGUAAGAAACAGUGGGUAAAGAACUCCACCACCACCUAAUACCUAAUGCCUAAAUGAUGCUGUAGAAAAGCUGUAUGAUACCGGAACGUGUCUUGUCUUGUUGUAACGUCCCUAAAGUCUAUUCCCGUUCUUGUCGAAGAUCUUGUCCGCUGCUUCCGCUUGGAAUUUGCAAAGAGUCUGUUCAUAAUGACGAAAUUGCGUCGCC